AUGCCUUUUUCAUCUAGGCGUGGAGGAAAUUGGGCACAAUCGAUUCUACCAUCUUCAAAUCCAAAAUCAAAGGUACCCAGAAAGGGUAGAAGAAGAACUUUGCUAAAAGAUUUCAUUUUUUCGAAUUUCUUCUUCAUUGGGUUAUUAGUUUCUCUGUUAUUGUUCCUUAUAAUUCUUCUCCGGUACGGUGUACCAAAACCCAUCACAUCCCCUUUCAGAACUCGUUCAUCUCGCUUCAGAAAAUCGUUUACAAGGAAACCCCUUUUUGGUGAGAAUGGUAACCGAAGUACUACACUUUUUGGUGGUUCUGCUACUGUUGACUUAACCACAAAAGAUUUGUAUAAUAAGAUUGAGUUUUUGGAUGUUGAUGGUGGUGCUUGGAAGCAAGGUUGGAGUGUUACUUAUAGAGGGAAUGAGUGGGAUAAUGAGAAGUUGAAGAUUUUUGUUGUUCCUCAUUCACAUAAUGAUCCUGGUUGGAAGCUUACUGUUGAGGAAUAUUAUGAUAGGCAAUCUAGACAUAUACUUGAUACCAUUGUUGAAACUCUUAACAAGGAUUCUCGCCGGAAAUUCAUAUGGGAAGAGAUGUCUUACUUAGAGAGAUGGUGGAGGGAUACCAGUACCACAGAUGUCAUGAAGGAAACAUUCAUCAAUUUAGUGAAAAACGGGCAGCUAGAAAUUGUUGGAGGCGGUUGGGUGAUGAAUGAUGAGGCCAAUUCCCACUACUUUGCUAUAAUUGAACAGAUUGCAGAAGGAAACAUGUGGUUGAAUGACACCAUUGGCUUUGUUCCUAAAAAUAAUUGGGCCAUUGAUCCAUUUGGUUAUUCAUCAACCAUGGCAUAUCUUCUACGUCGUAUGGGUUUUGAUAACAUGCUUAUCCAGAGAACUCAUUAUGAGGUAAAGAAGGAACUUGCAUGGCAUAAGAAUUUAGAAUACGUAUGGCGCCAAAGCUGGGAUGCAGAGGAAACCACUGAUAUAUUCGUCCAUAUGAUGCCGUUUUAUUCGUACGAUAUACCUCAUACAUGUGGCCCUGAGCCGGCUAUCUGCUGUCAGUUUGACUUUGCACGCAUGGAGGGGUUCACUUAUGAAAAGUGUCCGUGGGGUCCAAGUCCGGAGGAGAUCACUCAGGAGAAUGUUCAAGAAUGGGCACUUAAGUUACUUGAUCAAUACAGGAAAAAAUCUACUCUGUACCGAACAAACACUCUUCUUGUUCCACUCGGAGAUGAUUUUCGCUAUAUUAAUGUCCAGGAGGCAGAAGCGCAGUUCAGAAAUUACCAAAUGUUGUUUGAUUAUAUCAAUUCAAACCCUAGUCUGAAUGCGGAGGCAAAGUUUGGUACUUUGGAAGACUACUUUGUAAUGCUUCGUGAGGAAGCGGAAAGAAUAAAUUACACAUCUCCUGGUGAAGUCGGAUCUGGUCUAGUUGAAGGUUUUCCUUCCCUGUCCGGUGACUUUUUUACGUAUGCUGAUCGGCAACAAGAUUACUGGAGCGGUUAUUAUGUUUCACGGCCAUUCUUUAAGGCUGUUGACAGGGUACUGGAGCAGACACUUCGAGCAACAGAAAUGAUGGUAGCUCUAACACUUGGUUUCUGUCGGAGAGCACAUUGCGAGAAAUUUGCGAUGGCGUUUUCGUAUAAGUUGACUGCUGCGAGAAGGAACUUGGCUCUUUUUCAGCAUCACGACGGCGUAACCGGUACUGCAAAAGAUCACGUGGUUAAGGACUACGGAACUCGAAUGCAUACCUCGUUACAAGACUUGCAAAUUUUUAUGUCUAAGGGGAUCGAGCCUCUUCUUGGAAUCCGUUAUGAUAAAUUAGAUCAAAGUCCAUCAGAGUUUGAGCCAGCAAUAGUGAGAUCUAAAUAUGAUGCCCAGCCGUUGCAUAAAGUGAUAAAUCUUCAUGACGGUACUUACCAUUCCGUUGUCUUUUAUAAUCCUUUGGAACAAACCAGAGAAGAAGUUGUGAUGGUUGUUGUUGACCGUCCUGACGUAACUGUUGUUGACACUAACAUGAGUUGUGUUCAUAGCCAAAUUUCUCCCGAGUUGCAGUAUGACAACAGCAAGAUCUUUACAGGGAAGCACCGAGUCUACUGGAAAGUUUUGGUACCUGCAAUGGGGUUGGAAACAUAUUACAUUGGAAAUGGUUUUGUCGGUUGUGAAAAGGCCGAGCCUGCAAAGUUGAAACUUUUCUCCAAGGCUAGUUCAGUUACCUGUCCUUCACCGUAUUCUUGUGGAAAAAUUGAAGGUGAUGUUGUUGAAAUUGAGAAUCAGCAUCAAAAGCUAACUUUCAAUGUAAGGUAUGGUUUGUUGCAGAAGGUAACCUUAAUGAAUAGUUCCCCGAAUAUUGUAAAUGAGGAAAUCGGUAUGUAUGAUAGUUCGGGUGGGGCGUACUUGUUUAAGCCGAGUGGUGAAGCUCAGCCAAUUAUCGAAGGAGAUGGACUUAUGCUGAUCUCAAAGGGGUCUUUGUUGCAUGAAGUAUUCUCUUAUCCAAAGACAGCUUGGGAGAAAUCGCCGAUUUCUCAUAGCACCCGAAUAUAUACCGGCGAGAGUGCAGUCCAAGGGCUUGUCAUUGAAAAGGAAUAUCAUGUUGAGCUCACUGACAAUGAUUUCAAUGAUAGGGAGAUGAUAGUUAGAUAUAAAACUGAUAUCGAUAGCAAAAAGGUUUUUUAUUCUGAUUUAAAUGGAUUUCAGAUGAGUCGAAGAGAAACUUACGAUAAGAUUCCCCUCCAAGGCAACUACUACCCUAUGCCCUCUCUUGCAUUCAUACAAGGAUCCAACGGUCGACGGUUUUCUGUCCAUUCUCGACAAGCGUUGGGCGUGGCAAGCCUUCAAAAUGGAUGGCUAGAGAUAAUGCUAGACCGCCGUUUGGUAAAAGACGAUGGCCGUGGUCUUGGCCAAGGAGUGAUGGAUAACCGUGUAAUGAAUGUCGUCUUCCACUUAACUGUCGAAUCCAAUAUUUCCUUCAUAUCAAAUUCAGUUUCAAGCUCGUUCGCUCAUAACCCUUCCCUUUUAUCUCACCGUGUUGGUUCUCAUUUGAACUACCCAUUACAUGCAUUCAUUUCCAAGAAGUCGCAGGAAUUGUCAGAUAUGCCACCACUGCCGCGAUCAUUUUCUCCCCUCGCCACUUCCCUGCCAUGUGAUCUCCACAUAGUGAACUUUAAGGUUCCUAAGCCUUUAAAGUUUUUGCAGCAACCACCUGAAAGUCCUAGAUUUGUUCUGAUCUUGAACCGUCGACAUUAUGAUUCUUCAUACUGUCGAAAGGGAAGAUCACCAGAGUGCACUAGACUAGCCGACGACCCCGUGAAUCUGUUCAGCAUGUUCAAAGAUCUUACAGUUUUGAAAGCUAAAGCAACUUCAUUGAAUCUUCUCCAUGAAGAUCCUGAAAUAAUAGGAUUCACAGAACAAUUUGCCGAUCUUGCACAAGAAGGGCAUGUUUCUAUAUCUCCAAUGGAGAUACAAGCCUAUCGGUUGGAGGUGCAGCCGCAACAAUAG